ACACACACACACCGGCAACACGGCGGGUCUCAGAACCCCUCUACACGGGCUCUGCCCAUGCCACUAACACCACCUGCGGAGCCUGAUCUGGAACCAAAAAUGAACUGGGCGUCUUUUUAUGCCGUGAUCAGCGGCGUGAACCGGCAUUCCACCGGCAUUGGGCGGAUUUGGCUGUCUGUCCUCUUCAUUUUCCGGAUCCUGGUUCUGGUGGUGGCGGCGGAGAGCGUGUGGGGCGAUGAGAAAGCGCACUUCACCUGCAACACCCAGCAGCCCGGCUGCAACAGCGUCUGCUACGACCAUUUCUUCCCCAUCUCUCACAUCCGACUGUGGGCGCUGCAGCUCAUCAUGGUCUCUACCCCCGCCCUGCUGGUUGCCAUGCACAUUGCACAUCGUCGGCAUAUCGACAAAAAGUUGUAUCGCCAAGCUGGCCGCACCAGUCCAAAAGACUUAGAGCAGAUAAAAAACCAAAAGAUGAAGAUUACUGGCGCCCUUUGGUGGACAUACAUUAUCAGUCUGCUGUUCCGUGUGUUAUUCGAAUCCGCCUUUAUGUAUCUGUUCUACAUGAUUUACCCGGGAUACAAGAUGUUCCGGCUGGUAAAGUGUGACUCGUACCCGUGCCCAAACAUAGUCGACUGCUUUGUGUCCCGACCAACAGAGAAAACAGUGUUCACUAUAUUCAUGCUUGCGGUGUCCGGCGUCUGCAUCCUGCUCAACAUCGCAGAAAUUGUCUUUCUUGUUGCUAGGGCAACAAGUCGUCAUCUCAAUAACUCCAAGGAGUCCCCAGUGGGAGCCUGGAUCUCUCAGAAACUGUGCUCCUUUUAGAAGCGCUGGUCCUCUCACUCUCCGAAACCUAAAUAGGCUAUUUCACAAAAACACUUAAUGUUAAUGAGGGCUAAUGUCAUUGAUCAUGUUUUUUUAAAUUUUAUAAUUCAAGAAUACUUUUUAAAAUGUGUACAUAAUAUU